CCGCACGGUCCUAACCCCUGCCUUUCCCUCAGGUUCCAUGUAUGACGGCCUGGCUGACAAUUACAACUACGGCACCGCCAACCGGAGCUACUACUCCAAGCUGCAGGCGGGCAGCGGCUCGUGGGGCUACCCGCUCUACAAUGGGACCCUCAAGCGGGAAGCCGACAACCGGCGCUUCAGCUCCUACAGCCAGAUGGAGAACUGGGGGCGAGCUGUUGCACAGAGGUGUCCCCAGCUGUGCCAGGUCGGGUGUGCAAAGAUGACGUCCCAACCCCUGCCCAGGGCCCCUGUAACCCUCCCCAUGGCCCCUCCCCACAGGAUCUGCAGUGAGGACAUUGAGUGCAGCGGGCUGACCAUCCCCAAGGCCGUGCAGUACCUGUGCUCCCAGGACGAGAAGUACCAGGCCAUCGGGGCCUACUACAUCCAGCAUACCUGCUUCCAGGACGAGUCGGCCAAGCAGCAGGUCUAUCAGCUGGGCGGCAUCAGCAAGCUGGUGGACCUCCUCCGCAGCCCCAACCAGAACGUGCAGCAGGCCGCGGCCGGGGCGCUGCGCAACCUGGUGUUCCGGAGCGCCCCCAACAAGCUGGAGACCCGCCGGCAGGGCGGCAUCCGCGAGGCCGUCAGCCUCCUGAGGACCACCCGGAGCACGGAGAUCCAGAAACAGCUGACUGGGCUGCUGUGGAACCUGUCCUCCACGGACGAGCUGAAGGAGGAGCUGAUCUCGGACGCCCUGCCCGUGCUGGCUGACCGCGUCAUCAUCCCCUUCUCGGGCUGGGGCGACGGCAACAGCAACCUGUCCCGGGAGCUGGUGGACCCCGAGGUCUUCUUCAACGCCACCGGCUGCCUGAGGAACCUCAGCUCGGCCGACGCUGGCCGGCAGACUAUGCGCAACUAUGCAGGGCUCAUCGACGCCCUGAUGGCCUACGUCCAGAACUGCGUGGCCGCCAGCCGCUGCGACGACAAGUCCGUGGAGAACUGCAUGUGUGUCCUCCACAACCUCUCGUACCGCCUGGACGCCGAGGUGCCCACCCGCUACCGCCAGCUGGAGUACAACGCCCGCAACACCUACACGGAGAAGUCCUCCACCGGGUGCUUCAGCAACAAGAGCGACAAGAUGAUGAACAACAACUACGACUGCCCCCUCCCCGAGGAGGAGACCAACCCCAGGGGCAGCAGCUGGCUGUACCACUCGGACGCCAUCCGCACCUACCUGAACCUCAUGGGCAAGAGCAAGAAGGACGCCACCCUGGAGGCCUGCGCGGGGGCCCUGCAGAACCUGACGGCCAGCAAG